AUGCACAAAAUUCGAACCCCAUCAACUGUGAUGUCUCCUCGUAAGGUUGAAGAACGCAAGGUUGAAUUUGAGGAAAGCGUCUGCAGGCCUAGAACAGCUGCAUUGGCUCCAGGCUUGGUGGAAGGGCGAGACUCUUCACAUCAUGCUGGAUCAGAGCAUUUGUUCAUGCUGCUGAUGAACUCACCAUCUAAGCUAUCGUACUACCGCAAAUGCAGCUUGUUCUCUAUCCUGUUUGAUUCAGUGAUUAUGACAAGUCCCAUGACGUGA